AUGAAAAUGGUUCUACAAAGCCUUGUUGUCCCUCUCUUCAUCAUUUUAAUGUCAUGCCCCUCAUGUUUUUGCAAUUUCCAAAAGGUCCCACUCUCUGAUAAUCUUGAUGAGACCCCGGGCCACAAGCCAAUGUCAACUGUGUACUCUACAUCUAUUGCCACCACCAUUAUCAAUCGACACGGCAACUUCAGCUCAAACUUUCCGACCAUGGUUGAGCGUGAGAAAGAUAUAUAUAGAAAGCUUGUUCAAGUAGGUACCAAAGCAACCUCACCAUGGACAUUCAAUGUGGAUGAUUUCGGAGCUCGGGGUGAUAAAACAGACGAUUCUGAGGCAUUCAAUAAAGCUUGGAAGGAGGCUUGUUCUUUUGAAGGAGUAGCAGUUCUUGUAAUACCGGCUAAUAGGACAUAUCAUCUUAAGCCAAUUACUUUUUCAGGUCCUUGCAAAUCCGUCCUUACAAUGAUGGUCCAUGGAACAAUCAAAGCUUCUCCUCGCAGAUCUGAUUACAAGGAAAGCCCAAGACAAUGGAUUGUGUUUGAAAAAAUGAACAACUUCAUAGUUGAAGGUGGUGGGACCAUCAAUGGAAAUGGAAGGCCAUGGUGGCGAAACUCUUGCAAAAUCAACAAAAGCCUCCCUUGCGUGGGUGCACCAACGGCUGUGACCUUCGACAAUUGCAUAAAUUUGAGAGUAGCCAACAUAAGGAUUAAAAAUGCACAACAAAUGCAUCUAACUUUUCAAGAUUGUGUAAAUGUUAUAGCUUCAAAUCUCAAAGUAAUUGCACCAGAAAAGAGCCCCAACACUGAUGGAAUUCAUGUCCAUGGAACAAUCAAAGCUUCUCCUCGCAGAUCUGAUUACAAGGAAAGCCCAAGACAAUGGAUUGUGUUUGAAAAAAUGAACAACUUCAUAGUUGAAGGUGGUGGGACCAUCAAUGGAAAUGGAAGGCCAUGGUGGCGAAACUCUUGCAAAAUCAACAAAAGCCUCGCUGUGACCUUCGACAAUUGCAUAAAUUUGAGAGUAGCCAACAUAAGGAUUAAAAAUGCACAACAAAUGCAUCUAACUUUUCAAGAUUGUGUAAAUGUUAUAGCUUCAAAUCUCAAAGUAAUUGCACCAGAAAAGAGCCCCAACACUGAUGGAAUUCAUGUUACUGGAACCCAAAAUAUUCAGAUUAUGAGCUCUCUCAUUAGAACAGGUGAUGAUUGUAUUUCUAUCGUGAGUGGGUCUAAAAAUGUUCGAGCAACAGAUAUAAUAUGUGGACCAGGCCACGGAAUUAGAAUUUCGGGGACCACAAAUGGAGUAAGGAUAAAGACUUGGCAGGGAGGAUCUGGAUACGCAAAGAACAUCAAAUUCCAAAACAUUAUCAUGCACAAUGUGACUAAUCCCAUAAUUAUAAAUCAAAACUAUUGUGAUCAGCCAAAAUCAUGUCCAGAACAGGGAGGAUCUGGAUACGCAAAGAACAUCAAAUUCCAAAACAUUAUCAUGCACAAUGUGACUAAUCCCAUAAUUAUAAAUCAAAACUAUUGUGAUCAGCCAAAAUCAUGUCCAGAACAGCACUCAGCUGUGCAAGUAACGAAUGUGGUGUACAAGAAUAUCAGAGGAACCAGUGCUUCAGAGGUGGCUGUUAAACUUGACUGUAGCAAGACCUUCCCAUGCAGUGACAUUGUGUUGCAGAACGUAAAUCUAGUCCGUGAAGGAGAGACAAAAGCAAAAGCUUCAUGCCAGAACGUCAGCCUAGCAAGCACAGGGAGGGUCUCUCCACUUUGCCAUUGA